AUGUCGCGCGUAGAUCAACUCAUCGCCCUGCUCGGCGGGCCCGCGAACUUACCACCAAAGCUCCCUCGGCAGUCACAAGAAACGGAGCCCACGGCCAACGAGGGACCCGACGACGACGACGACGACGACGACAUACCGCCGCCGGUCCAGCGAGACCCCGACUUGAAGCGACCAACCCUCCUCCAACCACUCUUCCAGCCCGCGCCAAAUUCACCAGCUCCAAUGUACACGAGCGAUGGGGAAUCCGACUUCCCACUCGAUGGCCGUAAGGGCCAGCCCGCCCCACUCGCCAUCAAGUUCGUGCCCUUCAUCGCAGUCACCAAAUACUGCUACAAAUUCGUUCCCAAACAGCGGAUGCAGCCGCUCGCCUCGGCCUUCUUUGAUGCCGAUAAGAUCUACAAUCGUGAUUGGGAGCUGUAUGUAUCCAUUCACAUGCGACACCGUCCGUGCACAUCGUGAAGCCAUCGCCAUGCCGCCAGUCACUGAUCUGCUUCGAAAGACGCCAUGUGCAUGUAACUUCACGUGCGCCGUUGCUGACUCGCUCAUCAGCUACUACAUUAAUUCCGACUAUUCUGGCGUCCUUGCCUUCAUCACCGAAUCACAACUGCACUCACUCAUCCACCAGCUCAACUCGGCCUUUCCCGACGCAAACGUUGAGGUAGAAGAGGACAUUGUGCUGGACUUUGAACAUCUCACCAACGUAAGUUUCCGCUCGCGCAUACGUCGCGCGGGCAAUCCGCUAACACAUCCAGGAGUAUCGCCCUCGUUGGCUUGGACACUGCAAGUCUCGAGCACAAUACAAUUCUUGGAUCGGCCAGCUGCAGGGAGAGCCCGCCAUGGUUCUACCUACUUCAGGCGACCGCAGCCUGGAAGCCUUCAAGGCCAAGAUGCAAGCAGCACUCGACGCCAACAAGAACAAGAACAAGGCCAUGAAGGCGAAGAAACAUCAACAGGCUCUCGUGACGCGGCAGGGAAUGGUGAAAGAGACCUUGCGCGCUCAGCGCUACCUGGGUCUCCUUCCAAAGAAGCAGGACGAGUCACAGCAACAAAUGCCCGAUAUCACAAAUCUACCCAUGGAGCCUCUCGACGAGAGUCGGCCUUGCCCGCACAGCUUCGACAGCGAACCGAUCUUCAUUGCCAUCGAUUGCGAGGCUUGGGAAAAGCCGCCUCGCCCGGUCACCGAAAUCGGCGUUGCCACACUCGAUACUCGCGACCUGAAAGGCAUCGCACCCGGACUCAACGGCGAGAGCUGGCACCAGUACAUCCGUGGUCGGCACUUCCGCAUCAUCGAGUACAAGAACUACACCAACAGCGAAUACAUACAGGGCUGCCCAGACCGGUUCGAGUUCGGUGACAGCGAGUUCGUUGGCAAUGAUAGUAUCAGCUCUGUGCUGGCCAGCUGCUUCCGCGAGCCCUUUAGUAAGAAAGACGAAGCACCUAGCGCGGAAGGAGAGGAGCCGGAGAAGCGCAACAUCGUCAUCGUCGGUCACGAUCUUGGCCAGGAUAUCACCUACUGCCACAACAUCGGCUUCAGCGUCCUCAAUCGCGGCAACAUCCUCGACACCGUCGAUACCGUCAACAUGCACCGCGCUUACAGCAAAGACCCCAACGCGCGCUCGCUCGGACAAGUCCUCUCCGAGUUCGACUUGAGCGGCUGGCACUUGCACAAUGCUGGCAACGACGCCGUCUAUACCUUGCAAGCCAUGCUCGCCAUCGCCGUCAAGUCUGCCUCUCAACGCGGUAGUCAAGAGAGUGAGAGGCAGCACGAGGAAGAUGUAGAGAAGCGGACGGAGGCGGCAGUGGAGCUCGCCAGGGAGCGCAUGAGGGAGGAUUCCGAGGGCUGGGACUCGAACUCCGGUGAAGAUGGCGGUGUCCCUCUCCCAAAGACCGAGGAUGACUACCGACCCAAGGCCAAGGGUGCAAAGCUCCAUGGACCCCAGGCUCCUCCGAUGAGUAGUGAGUCUGGUCUCUACACCAUCGGUGGCGCUCCUCUUGACGUCUGA